AACUGAUAGUUCAGGCCAUGCAGCCUACUUGGUUUCCUCUCCUGCCUGACUGUUGUUAAAUAGGGAAGUUGCAUGUGAAGAGUAAAAAAGCAGCAGCUUUGUAAAGAUCUGAAUACAUGUAGAGGAUUUUCAAAUUAAGCAAAGGGUUCAUGACUGCUGCAUCAGUAAUGGUUCGUAAGCACAAAGUAUGGAGAGGAAUAUUGAGGACCAGCUCAAAAAAGCAUAUGAAGCCUACAGACAAGUCUGUAUUGAAAGGGACAACGCUAAAAGGGAACUCCAGCAGAAGACAGAAUACUACCAAAACUACACCCAGCAACUGGAGCAACAAAUAGAUGACCAAAAUCAAUUGAUUACUAAACUUAAAGCUCUGCUGAGGUCAGCAACAAAGCUUGCUUCAGAUGAGGCAUCCUACUACCCUGGUCUUCAGAAACAGGAAGUAGAAUCCUUGUCAUCCUGUGAUCACCAUACAGAUGAGCCAUCAUGCAGCCACCAAAUGUUACUGGCAAGAGAGAACAUGGAUACUGCAGAGAUGCUUUCUUGCAGACUACCCGGGACCAGUACUGUUGACAAUAAAGAUGUUGUUGACAUAUUUUUGGAACUUGUGGGGGAUUUUCAGUUGAUCCAAGCAUUAACACGGAAACAGACGAACCACCUGAGGAAGAUGUCUAGGAGAAACAUAGCAAAUGAGCCACGGUUCUCCAUACCCAUCCAGUGCACAGACGUUUCAGCUGAGCGGUCCGAGGGGCCUUUGGGGCCCUUCUCUACAGCCGUCGAGUCAAGAGAUGGCAGGGAGCUGGCCCCUGCGACCCUGCUGCCCGGUGGUGCCGACCCAGAAGAGCUCACUGAGCUCAGUGUGAGGCUCCCACCCUCCACAGAGAGCGAGUUUGAGUUCCUGAACAGCGGUAUGGGGAGACCCAACCAUGAGGUCAUCGGGACGCAGCCGCUGGGCAGGGUCACCAGCGUCUCCAUGAUGACACAGGCCCAAUCUCUGGGGCUGCCAAUACUGCACACAGGCUCCUCCUCCAGUAACUUCUCCUUCCAGGAUAUUUACGAACCCAAGCAGCUGCUCUGGAAGCCGGAUCUCUGUGAGGCCACAGCGCAGGGGACCGGUGCUGACCCCUCGUCGGGCUCAGACCACAGUAAAUGCGAGUUCUGCAACGACCUGGUUCCUUUGGCCCACAUAUACAGCCACCUCAAUUCACACUGUCCUGCCAGCAAUGGACAAUAGAGGGCGCUGGACCACUCCAUCAAUACUCAUGGGGGAGUUCAUUACCUGCCUAGCUUUUUACCUAUUACAGUUAUUUAGCUGAUGCUUUUAUCCAAAAUGGCUGUUGAUUGGACUAUGCAGGAGACAAUCCCCCCUGGAGCAUUGUGGGCCUUACUUAAGGGCCCAAAAGCUGCACGGAUCUUAUCGUGGCUACACUGGGGCUUAAACCACCAACCUUCCAGGUCCUAGCCAUGUACCUUAGCCAGUAGGCUACAAAUACAGUAGGCUACCUGCACUUAACGCAUUGGAACUCAAGCAAGCUCUUCUUUGACAGUGUAUUCUUUUUUCUCCAUAAAAGGCUUAACUCUAUUUUAAAUAAAGGCCUACAUUGUGUCUGUUGAAUGGUGUGUGUAAUUUGAUCUGAUCUGUAUCCCGUUCAUCCAUCAGCGCAGGGGAUACGCACAGGUCCUGACGUUUUUAUCAGUCCGAAACGCAUAGAAAUUUUAGGCUGUUUUAGGCUGUGUCCAUAUAUGGUAUGAAUGAGGGCAUUUGUGACUCAUGGAUUAAUUGACACAGACAUGAAAAGAAUACUUUAUAAUGUGUUGGUCAGUCCAUUUUAUGCUUGUUAAAACGUUCUUUCCAGUUCAGUGCAAAACAUGGUUAUAGAGGGUACAAAGUGCAUGAAAGCUGUACUUUAUUCAUGGAAAGUACUAAAAGUACGCAAUCCCAAAAUUGUCCUCGGUCUUCACUACUUUUAAAGAUUAUUAUAUUCGGAUGUAAAAGAUGUGAUGCUAGUCAUUAGGUUUUUGUUAAUAAAAACUGACUCCUAA